AAUAAAAAGAGUAAAAAAGGGUUGGCACUUGGCAGCCUGUACUUCCCAACACGGAAUGUCAGUCUGUUCUUUCCUUCCACCUUCUCCCUCCCUCUUUGAUCCAACCCUAAACCAUCUCCAAUUUACCACCCCAAUUCAAAAACCCAGUUUCAUCCUGCAUCCUGAUUUUUAUUUUUUUCCUUGAGCACUUUUCAGAGUGGUAAUGGCGAGUCACUUGGAAAAGCGCAUUUUUUAUGCCUGUUAAGGUGUUUCCCCAAUUACAUUCGCUCUGCCGGUGAGGUUCUUUCUCCGGCAGUUGGUCUAUAACCGUCCGUAAACAAGAAGGUAAAGAGGUAGCGAUCAUGGGGGACUCGAAAUUGCAAAUGAGCACUCAAAUGGAGCAGAUCCAUGGGGAAAUUUGGGACAACUUCCGAGCGCUAGAAAAUGGCUUUCAAAAGUUGGAUAAGAUCAAAGACUCUAACAGACAGAGUAAACAACUUGAAGAUCUUACUGAUAAGAUGAAGGAGUGUAAAAGGUUAAUCAAAGAGUUUGAUCGUGAAAUAAAAGAUGAGGAGAGUAAAAAUCCACCUGAGGUCAACAAGCAACUUAAUGAUGAAAAGCAAUCAAUGAUUAAAAAGCUUAAUUCAUAUGUUGCCCUGAGGAAAAAGUAUAUGAGUACUUCUGGCAACAAAAAGCUUGAACUCUUUGAUGGGGGAGUAGGUGCUAGUGAACCUACUACAGACGAGAAUGUAAAAGUUGCAUCAGAAAUGUCAAAUCAGGAGCUAAUCAAUGUUGGAAUGCAGAGAAUGGAUGAAACUGACCAGGCCAUUGAACGCUCAAAACAGGUUGUUCACCAAACAAUUGAAAUAGGAACGCAAACUGCUACUACCUUGAAGGGCCAAACUGAACAAAUGGGACGCAUUGUUAAUGAGCUCGACACAAUUCAAUUCUCCAUUAAAAAGGCAUCUCAGCUUGUAAAAGAGAUUGGCAGGCAGGUGGCUACUGAUAAAUGCAUCAUGCUGUUCCUUUUCCUCAUUGUCUGUGGUGUAGUUGCAAUAAUCAUUGUGAAGAUUGUGAAUCCCAACAACAAGGACAUAAGGGACAUUCCUGGGCUGGCUCCACCAGCUCCUGCGAGGAGAUUGUUGCUGUAAAGUUUCCCUGGGAAACAGAGAUGGGCAAUUUAUGUAACUCUAUAGAAGACAACUUGUGUAGCUGUUUGUUGGUUUAUUUAUUUGUAUUGAUCCUUAAAUACUUGAGUGCGCAUGUUGCGUUUGUGUAAAUCUCACGUCACGAUUGUCAUUAAGGGCUUGAUAUAUUCGGAGGGUAGAGGGAAAUGGAGUGAUUUAUUUUUUAAAUUAUUUCUAUAUACAGAUAUGUAUGAUUAAAUUAUUUCUAUAUGUAUAGUUAGAAUUAACAUCAAGAUAAGAAGAAAUACUCCCUCUCCCUUAAAAUUGUUUUGUUUCCAUUUCGGAUUGUUCCAAAACAAUUGUCUAAUUUCUUUGCUUGGGGAAGAUGUGAUGUUCAUAUCGUUUCACUUUUUCUAUUCAAAUUUAAAU